AUGAGAAGUCAAGGUCCAAUUGCCAGAUUACGUGUUGAUCCUGAGAUAGAAAAGACCUGUAGAAGAAACAGAAGGAGGAGGAAAUUGGAAAGAGCGACACUAGAGAUUGAACAAGAAGAAGUCAUGGCUGACAACGCCAAUAAUGGCAACAAUGGACACAACGGAGCAGGUGUAGAAGACCAGGCUUAUGGACAUAACAAUAAUGACCGUAGCCUGAGGGACUACUUACUUCCUAACUUAACAGGGGCCCGAUCCUGCAUAAGGCCACCUGCUGUUGACGCAAACAAUUUUGAAAUCAAGCCAGCCAUACUGCAGAUGGUCCAAUCUUCAGUCCAGUUUGGGGGACUGCCGUCAGAAGACCCAAACAUGCACCUCGCCAACUUCGAAGAAUUGUGCCAGACAUUCAAGAUGAACGGAGUUAGCGAUGACGCCAUCAGACUAAGGCUGUUCCCAUUCUCACUAAGGGAACGAGCCAAAAGUUGGUUUAUUUCUUUACCAACUCAUUCUAUCAACACUUGGGAGGAACUGACCCUGAAAUUCCUAUCCAAGCUCUUUCCUCCUGCAAAGAUUGCCAAGCUGAGAGCUGAUAUCAAUAACUUCACCCAACAGGACAGUGAAUCUCUUUAUGAAGCAUGGGAGAGGUUCAAGGACUUACUGAGAAAGUGCCCUAAUCAUGGGAUUGAGAAGUGGCUGCAAGUGCACAACUUUUACAAUGGGUUGAUGAAUGAAACCCGAACACUCAUAGAUGCCGCUGCUGGUGGAGUUUUCAUGAGGAAAAGUGCUAAUGAGGCCUUUGAAUUACUUGAAGAGAUGGCCAUGACUAACCAACAAUGGUCAACAGAAAGAGGUCCAUCUAAAAAAGUUGCAGCUCAAGAAAAUUCACCUAGCACUAGUGAGGUAAAAGGACAAGAGCAAUGUAAGGCAAUCUCCUUGAGGAGUGGAAAAAGUUAUGAUGGCCCGAGCCAAGCUAAGCCAGAGAAUGAAGAAGAUGAACAUCCAGCACCAACAACAACAAAGAAGAAGACUACUGACAGUCUUCAACAAAAAGAAACUCCACCACCCAUCAGCAUUGACCAUCACAUCAAAAUUCCUUAUCCUCAAAGACUUCAGAAUAAUAAGAUAGAUAAACAGUUUUCAAAAUUCCUUGAAAUAUUCAAGAAACUGCAUAUCAACAUCCCAUUCAUAGAGGCUUUGGAACAGAUGCCAACUUAUCUAAAGUUCAUGAAAGAUAUCCUAUCUAAGAAAAGAAAGUUGGAAGAAUUUGAGAUGGUGGCACUUACUGAAGAGUGCAGUGCGGUCCUGCAAAAGAAACUACCACCCAAGCUAAAAUAUCCGGGUAGUUUCAACAUCCCAUGCUCAAUAGGGGGUUCUAUACAAACAAAAACUUUGUGUGAUCUGGGAGCCAGUAUCAACUUAAUGCCCCUAUCAAUGUUCAAAAGAUUAAAAUUAGGGGAAGCCAAACCCACAACAGUUACUUUACAAAUGGCAGAUCGGUCUUUGACUCAUCCUCGGGGUAUAAUUGAAGAUGUCUUGGUAAAGAAGGGGGAGUUAAAGUUGCGUGUUCAAAAAGAAGAAGAGACUUUCAAAGUAUUUGCUGCAACUGAAAUUCCUACUUGUUGUCGAUUGGAAGUUGUAAAGGAUGGUCAAGAAGUCACUACCAACAAGACGAAAGGGAAGUCUAAAGAACGAUUUCGAACUGUUCGACGACGUAUGAAAAGAAUGUUGUGUGGGAAAUAUGAAGGUGACUCUCAAUCUAAGGAAAGCUUUAAAAUUUGCAACAUUGGAGGUCAGUUUUCUUCGUUUGGCACAAAGGCCCUCAUGGAUGCGAGAGGUGGAUUCUACCCACCACCACCUCCACCGCCAUACUGA